AAAGGAAACUGAGAGCAAAAGGCAACUGAAGGGAUAUAUAACUGUCACUUAGUUAGACAAACUGCUUUGAAGAAGCAAUGGAGGGGUGCAGACACCUUUCGUAGUCUUGUGAUUUUCCACAUCUUAUGACAAGACUGCUGUGGUCAAUUCAAGAGGGUGGGGCAGGAAGCACACAAACUAAAAGCUUUCAUAAAAGAGGAAGAGACUUUCUUAGCUUGUUGACUGGAGCAGGGUAGCUGCCUGCCUGAGGACUAACAGACUCAUCAGAGGACUCUGUUGGAAGGUUGCCCAACAGAAUAGAGAACACAGCCAUUCUUCUAAAUCCCACACCUCAUCACAGUCUCACUGUGUAUGUUUCAACGGAGGAGAGUACAGAGAGGACUGUUGGAGAGAGAACCAGAGGAGGAUGAAGUCUAUCAAAUUAGAUCAGUCGGCGACAGUCGAUGAGCUUACGGAGGCCUGCAUCAAAGCAUUUGAUUAUGAAGGCAGGCUGAAUGAUGAGUCUCUGGUCCGGAUGUUUCUCAUGAUGCAUCCAUGGUACCUCUCCUCUGCUGACCUGGCCAAGAAACUCUCCAGCAAGUCGCUGGAGGAAAACUGUCUGCCUGAACUCAGGUCACAAAUCUGCCAUCUUAUCAAGUACUGGAUCAGCGAGUUCCCAGCAGAGUUUGACCUGAACCCAGAGCUGGCAGAGCAGAUCAGAGGGCUGAAGGAGCAGCUGGCUCAGCAGGGAGAGGAGCACCAGAGCACACUCAUCAACGUUGACAGUGUGCCGUCAUAUGAGUGGAGUAGGCAGGUGAGCCAACCAGCUCAGUCUGAUUUCAAGAAGAGGAAGACGUCUCUCCUCUUUGAUCACCUGGACUCAUCUGAACUAGCAGAGCACCUCACCUACAUGGAGUAUAAGUCCUUCUGUCGGAUACUGUUCCAGGACUACCACAGCUUUGUGAUGCAUGGCUGCACAGUGGAUAACCCCAUCCUGGAACGCUUCAUCACCCUCUUCAACAGCGUGUCUCAGUGGAUCCAGCUGAUGGUGCUCAGCAAGCCCACCGCCCCCCAGAGGGCUGCAGUCAUCUCCCACUUUAUUAGGGUCGCACAGAGGUUGUUACAGCUGCAGAACUUCAACACUCUGAUGGCAGUAGUGGGGGGUCUCAGUAACAGCUCCAUCUCACGCCUCAAAGACACACAGUCACACAUCAGCAACGAUGUGAGCAAGGUGUUCAACAACCUGGUGGAGCUUGUGACAUCCUGUGGGAACUAUAGCCAGUACCGCCAGCGCUUCUCAGAGAGCACAGGCUUCCGUUUCCCCAUCCUGGGCGUGCACCUCAAGGACCUGAUUGCUGUGCACGUAGCCCUGCCCGACUGGAGUGACCGGGAGAAGACGCAGGUCAACCUGGCCAAGACCCAACAGCUGUAUGCCAUCCUCCAGGAGCUUGCGCUGAUCCAGACCAUGCCACCCAGCGUCGAUGCCAACAUGGACCUGCUCAACCUGCUCAUGGUGUCUCUGGACCAGUAUCACUCAGAGGAAGAGAUCUAUCAGCUGUCCCUGCAGAGGGAGCCCCGCACAGCCAGGCCAUUGUCUACCCCAAGCCCACCUAUGAUAGAAGAGUGGGCAUCUUCAGUGAAGCCCAAAGCUGACCCCACCAUCAUCAGUAAACACAUACAGAAGAUGGUAGAGUCUGUGUUUAAGAAUUUUGACACUGAUGGAGACGGCUACGUCACUCAGGAGGAAUUUGAGAUCAUUAGGACUAACUUCCCAUACCUCUGCAAGUUUGACGACCUGGAUAAGAAUCAGGACGGCAGAAUAAGUCAGGAGGAGAUGAUUGACUAUUUCACCAAGGCCAGCUCUUUACUGAACAGCAAGAUGGGGUUCAUCCACACAUUUUCAGAGAAGCCCUGCAUGAAGCCUAUGCGUUGCCAUCACUGUAAAGGCAUGAUGUGGAGAUUUUACAAACAAAGAUACAAGUGUAAAGCCUGUGGGGUGAGCUGCCACAAAGAUUGUCGCAGCCGCCUUGCUGUGGAGUGCCGCAAACGAACACAGAGCACCUGUCACGAAUACCAUUCUCCCCAACACUCCCGUUCCUUCAGUGUGCCUACUAUAGCUCAGCCGCUACACACUGUACAACAUACAGUCAUUACAGAGGAAGCUCCUGACUCCCUGGGGGAUGAAGUGUUUGAUGUCCACCUUUGAGGAGAAUGAAGACCAACAUUGAGGACAAAAACAACAAUGACUGCCCAUGUUCCCGGCKGCAACGGCACUCUGAAGAUCUCAGUGUGAUGGAAACGUAAUGCUCCUGUUUGAAGAUACAACGGAUGUUAGAAACUUUCACAUUUUCCAGMUUAAGAGCAUUUCGCAUCUGAGGAAGGAUUUUUUAAAUUUUCUGAUUGAUUCAUCCUUCAUCUGAUUGAUUCAUCCUUCAACAUCAUAUUAUUUGCUCACAGCUUUCACAGUAGGUAAACCUACAGUAUAUGCAUAUCCCUGUGUGUAUUUGUAUGUGGUUCAUGACUGCAGAAGAUUGCUUCUCCACUAGAUGAGGCUGUUUGUGUGUCACAACACUGGAUAGUGUAGGCUACCACUGCCUUUUUACAUUCCCUGUUUUUAGUGUUUCCUGUUUGGUGUCACAACACUGGAUAGUGUAGACUAC